AUGAGUGAUAGACAUUUAACAGAUGGAGGUGGUAGCCUUCAAUCAAUAUUGGCACCUACAUCACCUGAUUCUUCAAGAUCAAUGUCAAAACGUGACAUGGAGAGAGGUAGUGGAUCAUCACAACCAGAGAUGAGACUAAAAGUGCUAAAGUCACUACUUGUCAACUCUGCCGUCAUGACCGUAGUCUUUACACUCUUCACAAUCACCUUGCUAUCAAUAGCCGGUGGAGCGCAAAUAUUCAAAGCAAUGACAUUCAAAGAGAUGACAUGUAAUGUGUAUAAUACAACGAGAAUAACAAAGAUUAAUACUACGGAUUGUUCAAGAUUGAAUGAGGGUCUGCUGUCACCGGUGUAUGACAGUGACUUUUAUAACUCAUUCCCUAUAAUGAACCCGCAGCCAACUGUUUGCUAUCAGGGUGUUUAUAAUGUGUCGCUGAAUGGCGAUCGCAAACACUCGGUGCAGGGCCCGUGGGUGCACUCGCUACAGUGCACCAUCCGAUAUCUACAGGCGAUCACGCAGCGCCAGAACGUCAGCUGCUUCAUCGACACGGACAACAACAUCAUCUGGACGAGUCCGCCGUCGUCGCCCUAUGCUAUCGCACUGUUUGCCGUUGUCUGCUCGCUGACCGUCAUCUCGAUGGUGCUACUCGGCUUCACAUUCUACAAAGUCAAGUACCAGGCCUACCUGGAAGAGGAGACGCCACUGAUCAACUCUGGCAACAACAGGUUCAACAGAGACUUUAGCUUCAGGCGUUGA